UACUUCCGUUACUCUCAUUACUUUAGCGUAGUUUCGCUCGAGCAUGGAGCUCUUUCGGGAAUUUGAAAAGGAACAAAAACAGAAUUGGUUGAAAGGUGUCGUGGCCUUAUUAUGUCUUCAGAAUCCGCUCGAGCUCUUCAUCGAUGAGGAAAUGGACAUUUUCCACCGAAAGCUGGGCGAUGAAUGCGGCACGAAUGUGUGUGUGAAGAACUGCAAUUUCAAUAACUGGAAACCACGACCAAACCAGAGUCCUCCUUUAGAUUGUGAGGUGUGUUCCUCCUGGAGAGAUUCAAUAUUGGCUAACCACACCAGUCCGCGUGGAAAGGUGAUGUGGGUGAACAGUAAGCCCGACCGGUGGUCCCAAGAUAAAUGGGAAGUGGCUAAGGUGUACAUGCCAGAUGGUCAUAAGAAGCAUAAUUUCAUCGGUGACUUUGACAUUGCUGCACUUCUUUGUCUCAUGAAUCAGUGCAAGCACUUUAAGAAGUUUGAGCUCGGUGGAUUGUGUGACAAUGUUGCCAACGUCCGAAACAAUAUUAUGCAUGCAGCAAGGUUCCAGUUGAAUCAAGAGGAUUUGCUCGAUUACUUUAAUCGAAUCAGAAAGCUUGGUGAGGUGCUGGAAAAACAUGUUCCUGAAUUCAAAAGUCUGUCUGAAGACAUCAAUGAGAUCCAGAGCCUUGACUGUAAACUGAUCUUGCCUGACGACGUGGCGGCUCAGAAUAUUCUGGAUAAAGAUGAAAAAGACCUGGAGGACAGACUUUUUGCUGUUGCGCAGGAGGCAGCUGAACCUCAUCUCAACAGGAUGAAGCUGGAGAAGUUGGAGAGACAAAUUGCUCAACAAGAACAAGACAACAUGCCAUUGACAGAGUACUACGCCCUGACUCAUAACCCACGUGGUUUGUGUGUGGUCAUCAAUAAUGAGGACUUCCACGGAAAUGAAUGGCUAAAAAAACGAAGAGGGACUCAGGCGGAUGAGAAGGCUCUGAACAAAGUGUUCACCAGCCUUGGCUUUACUGUGGUGGUACACAACAACUUGACUGCAGAUGACAUGCGACAAGAACUACAGCAGCUGGGCUCACGGAGUUUUUUGGAUGAUGAUGCAUUGGUGGUGUGCGUGCUUUCCCAUGGAGAACUGGGAUGUGUCAUUGGGGCCGAUGAGAAACCGGUGUCCUUAGAAGAACUGACACGGCCCUUCACCAGCAGGGGAGCACCCACCUUGAUAGGGAAGCCCAAACUGUUCUUCAUCCAGGCGUGUCAGGGAAGCAACUACCACAGUUCAUACGUGCCGUGUCCCCCAAUGCUGAGACAGGAGGAGGGGGUCAGACAGAGCCGCCUGGAUGAAGACGCUGGUCCUGUGCACAACAUGGCGCCGUCGGCGCCGCCUUUUGAUUCUGACUUCCUGCUAGGCAUGGCAACCACGCAGCAUUACAAGACGUUUCGAAACACUACUACAGGCACCAUCUACAUCCAGGAGCUGUGCAAGCAGCUGACCAGGUCAGCAAAAAGCUCGGAGAUGGAUGAUAUACUCGCAGUGCUGACACGUGUGAACAGGCAGGUCAGCAACGGAGAAUAUUUACGUCACAAACAAAUUCCAGAGCCCAAGUACACCCUCACCAAGAAGCUCGUCCUCAAAUAUGUGUCAGCCGACCAAGACCAAGUACAAAGCUGAUAAUGUGCCAGAUUUGCAUGGACCAGACUGGCAUAGUGUGUGUAUGACUGUGGUUGUGAAAUCAAAAUGAAAAAGUAAAUUCUGGCAUAACUUUUAUUAGGUGCUGAGUAGUGUGUAUAGUCCCUUUUAGAGGGGUGAAGCUCCCUCCAAAUAUCAACUAUCCCAAAUUUUUUAAAUAAGGUCUUGAUCAUUUUUGUGACAUGGAUGGUAUUUUUCCUAUUGUUUGUUGUGUCUAGACUACUAUUCAUGACAAUAUUAAAGUCACCUCCACAUAUUAGUAUUCCCUCCAUUUCAAGGAGAAUACUAUCAAGUAGAGUAAAAAGGGCUUUUCACUGUUGGGUGGGGCAUAAACAUUGACCAAUGUUACGUCUUUGUUUUCCAGUUUUCCUUUUUUACAAUUAUAUAUCUGCCUUCUUUAUCAUUGAUUUCUUUAGUACAUUCGAAUUUCACCGAGUUAGAAAGUAGUAUAUCCACACCUCUUCAACAACCCUGGUGGAAUGAACUAUAAAAUGUAUUUGCAUAGCCAAACAUCUUAAGCUUCUCAUGUUCCUGCCUAGACAGGUGUGUCUCCUGUAGAUAUAUAAUCUGUACCUUAUCCUUCCUUAAUUUUGUCAUUAUUUUCCGCCGUUUAACAGGGUUGUUUAAACCGCUCACAUUCAACGACAGUAUCUGAAUAUUAUUCUCUAUCAUUUGUGUUUAUGAAGUCAAGUUGCAAUCCGUACCCAAACAAGAAAAAGAAACAUGAACCGUGGAAAAACAAUCGAACAUAGAGCAGUGUGACUUCAGAGAGAAAGGAUGCUACUUGCCAUUCCUUAUGUUCCCUGUUGGUGGGAGGAGGGUAAAGUGCCUCUUUGCUGAAGGGGCCCUCCCUAGUAGUGAGAAAAUACCUAAGCUGGUAUUCCACCUGUACUAGAAAUGUCCAACAUUUAGCACAUACAUAAAGUGCUCCCUCCAUCGGUUUCCUAAAGAUAAUCAAAUGAGUCAUAAGUCUUUCUAAAUAUGUUGGCUGGGGUUUGUAUAAUUUCACAUGACGGAGACCAUGAUUAACAAACAAAAAAACAGUCGUUUUUUUCAUCAUUGUAACCAAAACCAUUAAGAGGUUCCUGUUCCUAAAGUUUGUAUUAUAUAUAGAUAAGUAGGCCUAUUAUAAGGCUCGGAACCUCAAAGUCCAGACCUCAGGUUAGAAAAUAGCAGAUUAACUAACAAAAUCUGUUCCAGAUGUGUCGUAUAAAACCCCUGGUCAGAUCUAAAGUGUUUAUCACUUAUCUGGUCCACUUCACUUCAUCCCUUCGUUUAAGGCGGUGGGCUCUGUCGCGUUGGUACGUUUCAAUGGCAACACCUCGUUCAGCCUCUCCUCCAGGGCAUCCGCGGUGUUCACCCUCGCCGUCACCAACACCUUUAUCCCACGUGUAUUCAGGCCCUGUUAAGUCUCUUCGGCACCAUCGUAGACCCGCAGCAAGGCGUCCCAGUGCGUCUGGAGCCGGAUCCCUUUCUCUUUAAGCACCGCAGCUGCAUUGUCGUUGUCAAAAAACAAUCGCUUGCCAUCUAGUUCAAUCUUCUGCUGCCACGCUUUCUUAAGUACCAGCUCUUUAACAUUAAACUGUAGAAGGUUAACUAUGAUUGAUCUCGGAGUUGAGGUCGCAGCUGGCUUUGGGAUCAGCUGGAUUUGGAGUUCAAUGCCGCCGGGAAGCGUAAAAUGGAUUUUAAACAACUCAGUUACACAUUCCGUAACUGAUCUUCCUUCUUUGUCUUCCGGGACUCCAUAGAUGCGGAGAUUGUUCCUCCUAGAACGACUCUCCAGGUCGAGUUCUGUUUCACUACCGUCAGCAGCGUCUUUCAUCUCCAGCUCAGCUGAUUCCAGGUCAGCUAUACGGGUUUGUGCCUCGGCGAAACUCAGUAAAGUCUUCCUUCAUAGUUUUAUUGACAUCGCUUCUGAAUUCACUAAGAUCCCGUUUAAUAUCUGUUUGAAGCCCCUUAACUCCUUAGAGAGAGUCGGGUUUUCUUGUGUUUUAUUCAUUUUCUUGUCAGACUUACACCUCCUGUGCAAUUUCCCUCCUCUCAUAUUCAACUUAAUCUAAUUUUGUGCAGAUUUACAUUGAUAGGAGGUCUUUUUAAAAACCGACUCUGAGGAGAUCACUACUACACGUUCAUCUUGUUGUAGCGCCACCGGAAGUCCCUCCUAUGUUUUAUUUGAUAAAAAAAUGAAAAACGCUCUUUUUAUUUUCGUAGGUGUUAGUAACCUAGCUUUCCAUUUGGGCGAGCAUUAUUUAGGUCACAAUUCAAAUUAAAAUGCAAUUUUCUAACCAUUUGAAAAUGAAAACAGCAUUUGACAUUUCAAUUCCAAAGACCUAAAGGCAGAGUUAGGAUGUUUUAAAGGGGGAGUGAAUGAUGAAAGUUUUCUAUAGUCACUGAAUUGAGGCUGGUUCAUACUUCUGCGUUGAAUCUUCACUCUUUUUCUUUUCUUCCAUUAUGAACUCAAAUGGAACAGUAAGCAGGGUAAUCUCUAUAAACAGAUUCUGCAUUCAUAUAUCAGUUGUCAGACCAUGUUUACUUUUUAUUAUAGGAGGCGAAUACACUUCUCAUGUGGGAUCUACUUAUUACUGUUGGAUGAUGUUGUAUUCUGCUUGGAUUUUUGUUGGCUUUAUCUUGUUAAGGAGAAAAGUCUAAAUAAGUAUUUACUGUAAACAUCGUUUUGUCUCUUAAUAAAAGCUCUGGUGUCAGCACCAAAGCAAACCAUA